AUGGGUGCGGGUUGCUCCUCUUCCAAUUCGGCUGCGCGCCGGAAGACAAUUGAAGUAUUGCAGGGUACCCCAGCCUCCUCGGGACAGCGUCCCGGCCACGUCUACCUCAGCUACCACCCCGCCGAUACCGGUGACCCGCGGGUCGAUGGGGGCGACGGCGCUGCUUGCCGCGUGCGGGACUGGUUGACAUCCCGCGGCUACGUUGUUAUACUUGGAGAGCUCGACCCGGAUGCUGACAUCACGGGCUCCGGCGCCGCGACCCCAGGCAGCGUUGGCGCCCUGCCGCCGCCGCGGCGGCCACGGGGUUCUGCGGGCGUGCAGUCAGGUCUGGAGCUGUCCUGGCCAGCUCGCAUGCAGCAGUGCGUGGAGCAGUGCCAGGCGUUCGUCGCGCUGGUCUCGGAGCACUACGGUACCCACCCCGAAGCCGCUCGGGAAGUUCACACCGCGGAUUCCCUGGCGGGGAAGGAGGCCACCGGCCCCCUGCUGCCUCUGUGGCACUCGGGGCCCUGGCCGCCGCAACAACCCUCCCUGGAGCCGCUGCUAGCGCCGCUGCAGCGCGUACCCCGCGGCCCGCGACCAUUGUGCCGUACAAUUCUUGAGGGCGUCAUGGGGGAGCUUUUGGAGCGCCUGCAGGCGGGCGGCUGCAUGCCAGCUCCAGCGGCGGCUCCGGCGGCGGCAGCUACCGCAGGCGACGGGGUGCGCAAUGGCGGCGGCGGCAGCGGAGGUAGUCGUGGCGUGGAGGCCGUCGGCAGUAACGUGGAGGCGGUCGCGGGUGGGGCUGCCAGCCUGGAGGGCUGCUUCCAGCCGGGCCCUACGGACCCCCCCGAGGAGGACUACGUUGUGGUGCGGUGCUACACCGGGAAGCUUCAGGAGCUCUCCGACCGGAUUUCCCUCACCGUAAGGCCCACAAUAUUCGAUCUUGGGGGGGACACUUUUUCCGGAGACCUACCCGCCCUGGAGCUCAGAAAACAGCAGCAGCAGCAGUUGCCGGCAGCAGCAGCAGCAGUAGCAGCGGCUGCGGCUGCGCUAGACGCCGGAGCGCCGCCCGCUGCCGCCGGCGGCACCCUCUUCAUCAACCGGCCCCACAUCACCCUCCGCAACGGCGCGCUGUUGCUGCGACAGAACCAGGAGCUGAGGAUUGCGGGGUCGGGUGUGGUUCUGGAUACCAUGUCUGUGAUUACGGAGCCGCGGCAGGGGGGCCCGCGCGGGGUGGCGCUGGGAGCAGGCGGCGGUGGGGUUACGGGAGGAGGAGGAGGUGUUUCUGGCGCGCCGUACGAGAACGGGAGGGCCAUGGUGGUGGUUGCGGGUGCCGUGGGUGUACGGAUGCUGCGGUGCCAGCUCACCAACCACGGUCCGCAUCUGGUACUCUGGCUGGCUGGUGGCGCCGCCGCCGCCCUCCGAGACUGCCAGCUUGAGUCCCCCGAGGGGGCCGGAGCCUGGGUCCGUGACGCAGGCAGCUCCCUGACGGCCAGCGCGUGUCGGCUGCAGCGCUGCUCGGGGCCCUGUCUGGCGCUGGAGGCCGGCGGGUGCGGGCGGCUGGAGGGGUGCAGCGUGCUGGACUCCGCGGAGCACAACGGCGUCAUGGCGGGGAGCGGCGCGCGGCUGAGGGCGGUGAAGUGCGUGGUGUCGGGGUCGAAGGCGGGCGUUAACUUGUACGGCGGCGCGGAUGCGGAGUUGAUUGCUUGUGAGGUGGUGAGCAACGGCCUGGCCGGUGUGGAGGUGAGCGAGCCGGGGAGCCGCCUGGUCGCCCUGGACUGCAAGAUCUCCAUGAACGGCCAGUCCGGCGUGCUGGUGGCGGGCGGCGGCGCGGCCUCCCUCACUCACUGCUCAUGUACGGGCAAUAAGGCACACGGAGUGCUGGUGCGAGGACAUGGCGCGGAGGGGACUCUACGGCAGACGACUCUUUCCCAUAACGGCCAGGCAGGAGCGCUGCUAACCGACAGCGCCCGCUGCCAGCUGGUGGGCUGCGAGGCCACCGGCAACCAAGUAGCAGGUCUGGUGGCCUGGGGUUGCGGCACCUCGGCCGCAGCGGCGGACUGCUCGCUGGUGCAAAACUCGGGAGGCGGCCUGGCGCUCCGAGACGGCGCGACUGUGGAACUGCGGAGCUGCAUCGUCAAGGGCAACCGGCUGCCCAGUGAGGUAACUGGGCGCGGUAGUGAGUUGAGGCUCGUGGUAGGGGCGCCAGGUGCGGGGAAAGGGAAGGUGGCGGGGGCAGGGAAGGGGGUGUCAGCGGGUGCCUGUGUGGUAGAUCCGGCGCCGCGGGCGGUGGAGGGCGGUGUGGUGUUGGAGGUGCGGGCAGGAGCGACAACGGCGGCGGCGGAAGGGGCAAAUAGUGGUGGUGGCGCUGGUGAUGGUGGCGGUGGCAAGAAGAAGUUGUGGGGUUUGUGA